GCUGUUUCUCCCUUUCGGCCCAGCCACCUCACUCAUCUCCAUACAACACAGCAGUUGAUUUCAUGUUCAGGUACGCAUCACCCACUGCGCUGCACCGCUGACGUGGUCGCCUUGCAGUAUUCCCAAGCUGCUGAUCGUGCUGCCCGCAUCCCUCCCACAAUGUGACAUUAAAAGAACCAAGUCUCCGUCAAUUGUUCUGUGGAACCAUCUCUACUGCAAAUCAUCAUCUGACAGAAUGGCUAUCCAUACAGUACGACGAGCGUUUAGCUCGAUAUCCCAAGAAAGCACUCUGCAAUUCGCCCGCGACAUGCUGCAAAUCCAUGUAAUCUUCCACCUGGUCCGCAUUGCGGUUUCAAUUGCCCUCCUGCCGCUGGACAACACCAUUCUUCUGGCCUCCUACGCUGCGGGGUAUGUGCCCGGCGACAUUUCGCAAUCCUCGAGCCAUGAACGUCGCCGCCAGAGAAUUCUACGAGAUGAGAACUUCCGUCCCAGGACCGUCCUGGUUACCGGGGUCAAUACCCCGCAUGGGCUAGCGGUGGCCCGUGGAUGGUACUACGCCGGCCACCGGGUCGUCGGAGCGAACAUCACGGAGGGCGCCAUCGCCCCCGGUGAGGGCAUGUCCAAGACACUGGCUGCCUUCUACCACGUCCCCAAAUCCAAGUACAGCGCCCGGCUACUCGACAUCAUCCAGAAGGAGAAAGUGGAGAUCUGGAUCCCGUGCGCGAACGAGGCCUCGGCCCUUGACGAUGCAGCGGCCAAACAGGUGAUCGAAAGCCGGACCCAUUGCAAAUGCAUCACGCUGGACGCCAGCCUUGCCGAAAUCUUCAGCAACCAAGACACGUUCAAUCAGUACCUGGUCGAGAAGCGGCUGCCGGUGGUGGAAAAACACCAGGUCCUCUCGCGGGAUGCCAUUCACAAGAUCUUGCAUCGGUCGCCGUCCAAGAUUUAUCAAAUGCGGAGACCGACCCCCACUCCCGGGGACGAUAAGGUUGUCGUGCUGCCGAAACGGACCCUCAGUCUCACCUAUUCCGAAGUCAGUGAGAUUCAGAUCUCCAAGGAGCGGCCGUGGAUAUUGCAGCAGCAGACGCGGCUGGGCCAGUUCGUUGCAGAAGUGAUGGUCAUCUGCGGCCAUGUCAAGGCCAUCAAGAUCUAUCCUGGCGACAGGCAGUCCGAUUGGGGUCACUCCCGCCUGGACAAGGGUCUCGCGAGGGCGGCGCAUGCGCUCACGGAACGGUUCGCGCUCCAGGGUGGGCCUCGACUGACCGGUCAUCUACGCCUCCAACUGACGGUGGAUGAGGAGUUCAACGACAACUUCCUCCGGUACGCAAUCCACAUUGAGGGCUGCGAGCAAGGCGCCGCGGCGGUUAAGUUUCUUCUCGAAAAUAAGCCCGACUCGAUGGUGGCAGAGUACCUGGAGGUGCUCACGCCACACAUCAACGGGGUCAACGGCGAAGCGCCCGCGAUCGAUAUCGCAUCCAUUGAUAUGGAAAUCUCCACCCCGCCGCCUGAGACCUUCAGCCUCUGUCGGAUGGCUCGAAACUGCGAUGUGCGGAGGGUGCUUCCGGCCCUCUACCCUGCGAUCGAACAGAUCGAUCGCAGCAUCCACGAAGGAAGCAGAUUGCUUCUGUUCUGGAAGAACUGGCGGUUUUCCGCCAUUGACCCGUUGCCAUGGUGGUGGCAUACACAUAUCUAUCAGCCUCUGAAAGAGAUCGAGAUGAUUAUGAAUACGAACAACGGCAAGCAGGCAUAAGAUUUUGCCCCGCCUCGUUGGCCGUUUUGACGACUCUCCUUUGUUUUUGCAUUUUUUCUUGUGUAUUCUCAUUAAUUUACUCUCCCUAUUUGCACUCCUCUCCUUUUUGGUUUCUUAUUAGUUAGCGAAACGAGGUUACGACGGGUCACAGCACCUGAGACGAUGUUAGUGUAUAAAGGAGCAUCGAGUGGCGUCUUCUGAGUAUAUUGGCUAUUUGCAGAUCUGUGGACUUCCAGACAAACGCGUUAAUGAAUCAUCACCGCUUGAAACAAUCUGAUGCAG